GGUAGGCAGGCAACAUGGGGAAAGGUUUCUUUAUUAGUAAAACUGUUGGGAUUUUGGGGAUCAUCGCAGGUGUGGGAGCCUUAGCCACUAUCAUAGCUUUGUCAGUUGUUUACUCACAGGAAAAGGGGAAAAACAAUAAUCAAAAUGAAGAACAAACAACCUCCAAACCCCCUACCACAACACCCAUUCCAUCCAAUAAACCUUGGGACAAGUAUCGGCUGCCCAAGAACCUGGUGCCAGAGACAUAUAAUGUCACCUUAUGGCCAAGACUGACUCCAGACCCAACAACUGGUCUUUACACCUUCUUAGGCAGUUCCGUUGUGGACUUUGAAUGUGUGGAGGACACUGACCUGAUUCUUAUCCAUUCUAAUAAAUUGAAUUACACCAAGUUUGAGAACCAGUUGGCAAGACUCAUGUCAGUGAGUAGUGUUGAAGCCCCCGCAAUCAAGUCCUCCUGGCUCCAAGGUGUCACACAGUACCUGGUCCUGGAGCUGGAUGGUACACUGAAAAAGGGACACAAGUAUCGCCUCUACACUGAAUUCAUUGGAGAACUAGCUGAUGACCUUGGAGGCUUCUACAGGAGCGAAUACAUGGAUGGAGAGAAAAGGGUCAUGGCUACCACCCAGAUGCAGCCUACAGAUGCUAGGAAAUCUUUCCCUUGCUUUGAUGAGCCAGCUAUGAAAGCUUACUUCUUCAUUACGCUGAUCCACGACCGUGGAACUACAGCCCUGUCCAAUGGCAAGGACAUAGAAACAACUGAAAUCAACCAUGAUGGCCAGGAUCUGCUUAAGACAGUUUUUGAGCGAACGGAGAAAAUGUCGACUUACUUGCUGGCAUUCAUUGUCAGUGACUACGACAGUAUUGGUAACAGCAUUGAUGGCGUUGAGAUCCGCAUUUUCGCCCGGAGGUCCGCCAUUGCAGCUGGUCAAGGACAGUAUGCCCUUAACAAAACUGGACCAAUCCUUAAAUUCUUUGAGCAGUAUUACAAUGCCACGUACCCUCUACCCAAGUCUGAUCAGAUAGCAAUCCCAGACUUUAAUGCAGGGGCCAUGGAAAACUGGGGUCUGAUCACAUACCGGGAGACAGCUCUACUGUACGAUGAAGCAUUCUCCUCCAACUCCAACAAGGAAAAGAUCGCUACGAUCAUUGCUCAUGAACUGGCUCACAUGUGGUUUGGUAAUCUGGUGACACUCAGAUGGUGGAAUGACUUGUGGCUGAAUGAAGGCUUUGCAUCCUAUGUUGAGUACUUGGGAGCAAAUAAUGCUGAACCUGAGUGGAAUGUGACAGACCUCAUCGUGCUUGGUGACAUUCAUAGGGUGUUUGCUAUUGAUGCUCUGGCUUCUUCUCACCCUCUGUCAUCUAAAGAAGAAGAUAUCCAGACGCCAGCACAGAUUAGUGAGCUGUUUGAUGCUAUUUCAUACAGCAAGGGAGCAUCUGUCCUCAGGAUGUUGUCAGAUUUCCUCACUGAAGAUGUCUUCCAGCUGGGACUGAGGUCCUAUCUGAGUGCAUUUAGCUUUGGGAAUGCAGUCUACACAGACCUUUGGUAUCAUCUGCAAAAGGCUGCUGAUUCUAGCAAGUUAGAGCUUCCUGAUACUCUCGAUAACAUAAUGAACACCUGGGUGCUGCAGAUGGGCUUUCCUGUGGUUACCAUUAACACUGGGACUGGAAGUGUUUCCCAGCAGCACUUCCUUCUGGAUCCAGAAGCUGUAGUCACAACUCCAUCCCCCUUCAAUUAUCAAUGGAUCAUUCCAAUCAAAUGGAUGAUGACUGGAAAUAUGCAGAAUCCACUGUGGCUAACAUCCAAAUCAGAAACAUCUGAAGCUAUGAAAGCAACACAAGAUCAGUGGGUGCUAGCCAAUGUCAACAUGGUUGGUUACUACAGGGUCAACUAUGAUGAUGACAACUGGGCCAAACUCUUAGAUGUUCUGCAGAGUAAUCAUCAGCUCAUUCCACGGAUCAACAGAGCUCAGAUAUUGGAUGAUGCCUUCAAUCUGGCCAGAGCCAAGAUAAUUUCUACAGUGCAGGCGCUUAAUACCACCAAAUACCUGAGUAAUGAGAGAGAUUACAUUCCAUGGAAGGCAGCCCUUAACAACCUGGACUUUUUCUACCUCAUGUUUGACCGCAGCGAAGUCUAUGGCCCCAUGCAGGAUUAUCUCGUGAAAAAAGUCUCCCCUCUGUUUGAAUACUACAAGCAAAUGACAGGCAACUGGAGCAAAGUUCCUGAUGGACACAUGGACCAGUAUAAUCAGGUGAAUGCAAUUAGCCUGGCUUGCAGGACAGGGUUGGAGGAAUGCCAAAACCUGGUCAUGACAUGGUUUCAAGAGUGGAUGGAUACUGACACCAACAGGAUCCACCCUAACCUGCGCUCCACUGUGUACUGCAAUGCUAUUGCAGCAGGUGGCAAGAAAGAAUGGGAUUUUGCUUGGUCACAGUUUAUUAAGAAUGACAGUACUGCUAUUGAAUCUGAUAAACUUCGCUAUGCUCUGUCCUGCACCAAACAACCUUGGCUGCUCAACAGGUAUCUGGAAUACACUCUGGAUCCAGACAUGAUCCGAAAGCAGGAUGCCACCGCCACCAUUGUCGACAUUGCCAGUAAUGUGGUUGGUCAGUCUCUGGCAUGGGACUUUGUCAGGGCUCGAUGGUCAUACAUCUUCAGUCAGUAUGGUGGUGGCUCAUUCUCAUUCUCCAACCUCGUAAACGGCGUCACCAAACGUUUCUCCACUGAAUUUGAGCUUCAGCAGCUGAAGCAGUUCAAGGCUGACAAUUCCGAUGUUGGUUUUGGCUCUGGGACCUUAGCACUGGAUCAAUCCAUUGAGAGAACCAUCGCUAACAUUAAAUGGGUUGAAGAGAACAAGGAGAAUGUUCUGGACUGGUUCACAACUGAAGCUAAUGCCCAAUGAAGAAGCUGUUUUUACUUUUUCAUCACUCAUUUAAAAAUGAAAACAGAGGUUCGAUCGACCUGAAAAUGUUUAUAUUACAUAAUCACAUGUGGAACAAAAUCAGUUUACCGAACUUUUGCUAAACCUCGCUUUGAUAAAAGUUGAACUAGAAAAAAUAGAUACUUUAAAUAUUAUGAUAAAUUAAAUUGAUACAUUAAGUACUUAAAAGGUACUUACAUCAGUUAUCUUUGAGGUUUUAUACUUUCUAGAAUCAUUAUUUUACAGUGUCACAAAAGCCUUAAGUUUGUGUCAGCGUCUACUGUUUCUGUUUUUUAUAUAUUUAAUACCAGGAUUCUCCAAACCUUUAUUCUUUUCUUUUUCUUCUUACUUUGGGAUGUAAAACUUUCAAGAAUAUAUGUUUAAAAAUGUUUAAAUGUUUAAAAAUUAUAAGCCUAUCUGUUUUGUUCUUCAUAUAAAUAAUUUCCCCCAGGGAUCAAUAAAGUAUUCUGAUUCUGAUUCUGAUUCUGAUAUUUAUUUGAACAGUCUCAAACACAAAUUUGACAAAAGAAAGCUUAAGUUACUUCUAAUUUUGCAGAUUUUUAAAAUAGAAAAAUGUAUAUGAAGUGCAUUUAAUUGUUAAACCUUUUAUGUUACAAUUUGGAAUGGAUUACGACUUUUGAGUCCAGAAAUGUUUUCACUGCUUUAAGAAAAAGUUUUAGACUCUUGCGUAUGAAAACCAAGUCUGUAUCUUCUUAAAAAUAAUUUUUAUACAUGAGUAGAGAGGAAAAAACUGUAAAGAUGUCAGAUUUUCAUAGAGUAGACUACUGAAAAUGUGAUCAUUUUUCCUCUUAAUGGUGAAUAUAUGUAGUGUAACUUUACUGGACUAUAUAGCGUGUUCUCAGAUUGUAUCUUUCUUUCUUUGUCUUUUUUCUGAUUCAUAAAGUUUCAUAAGUGUCAUUUUGCAUUUCUCCACUUCAGCAAUUUUCAAAUAAAUCUUUCACCUUUGA